CGCUCAAAUUUCAGAGAACACACUUUAGGCCAACUACCACCUUAUCUAUUCCCCCAGUAAGUUCCGGUUUUUAUUUUUCUCCUUGUUUUCUGCCGAUGGAAAAUGAGCCCUUUCUCGCCGCCCAAACAAGGCCCCAUCAGCAACAACAACAACAACUCCAGCCCAUAAUCGAGCACCAAGAUUACUCCUUUCGAGUCGCUCCCUCUCUCAGCGACUCAUUACUCAUCUUCCAAGAAACCCCACCACGACGACAAGACCCACAGUCGUCAGCCGCCUCAACUGAAUACGAUGCCCCAAAGAGGAAGCAACUCCACCGGUGCAGAACAGCCCCAGCCAUGUCCGUCAUGCGGGACCGAAAAGCAAAGGCCGCCCAGAUUCCUAAACCACAGUUGGAUUCUAGCUCCAUUAUCAUCAGGCAAGCCGUGUUUUUGCUUAUCAUAUAUCUCGCUCUUGGAGUUGUCAUCUACUCCUUCAACAGGGACAGGUUCUCCGGGAUAGAAACCCACCCGGUUGUAGAUGCUCUCUACUUCUGCAUAGUAACCAUGUGCACGAUUGGCUACGGGGACAUAGCCCCCUUAACGCCGCUUACGAAGCUCUUUGCUUGCGUCUUUGUGUUGGUUGGUUUUGGGUUCAUAGACAUUUUGCUGAGCGGGGUUGUCAAUUAUGUGCUGGACUUGCAAGAAAGCCUAAUACUGGCGGGGAUUCAAAUGGGCCAACAACAACAUCAAGCCCAGUCCCAGUCCCAGUCCCACUCUCACCACCAUGGAUUUUCUGCUAGGGACUACAUUUUUGAUGUGGCCAAGGGCAGGAUGAGGAUCAGACUGAAGGUGGGUUUGGCUUUGGGAGUGGUCGUCUUGUGCAUCGGAAUGGGAGCGCUUGUUUUGCAUUUUCUGGAGCAUUUGAAUUGGAUUGAUUCCGUUUAUCUGUCGGUUAUGUCGGUUACGACAGUUGGUUAUGGGGACAGGGCUUUUAAGACUCUGCCCGGGAGGCUUUUCGCUGCCGUUUGGCUUCUGCUAUCCACGCUGGCCGUGGCGCGUGCUUUUUUAUAUUUGGCAGAGGCUAGGAUUGAUAAGCGGCACAGGAGGAUCACCAAGUGGGUGUUGCAUAGGGAUAUUACUGUCCAGGAUCUGCUUGCAGCCGACAUCAAUAAUACCGGUUUCAUUAGCAAAUCAGAGUACGUCAUUUACAAGCUUAAAGAGAUGGGAAAGAUAGGGGAGAAGGAUAUAUUGCAGAUCUGCAAUCAGUUCAGUAAGCUUGACCCAAACAAUUGUGGGAAGAUAACACUGCCUGAUCUGUUAGAGAACCACUUAUGACAGCAAAAGCCUUUCAAAUGAGGAUCUGUCUAUAAUUAUUUCAGCGAAAAGGAAAUAAAGAAAGGGUGUCAAGACUCAAAAGGGAUGGGGGGCAGAGCACCAUGCAUUUAUACUCAUGCAUUCCUUGGCCUGGGGAGCAGAGCACUGUACAUAUAUGAAAAUUGUACAAAUUUUAAAAUAUUUUUAAAUCUCAAUACUGUAACGAUGUAUCAAACAAAAAAGAAACCAUCUAAAAAGAAAAGAGAGCAGAAAAAUGCAAUGGAUAUCCAUAUAUGCAUUUCUUUUUUUCUUUUUUCUUUUUUCAUAUUUGGACU